UGGUUCCAGUUUAAGGAGUUUCUGGGGACGUAUAACAAGGUGACGGAGAACUGCUUCAUGGACUGUGUCAAAGAUUUCACCACCAGGGAGGUGAAGACGGAGGAGUCCAGCUGCUCCGAGUCGUGUCUCCAGAAGUAUCUGAAGAUGACUCAGCGGAUCUCCCAGCGGUUCCAGGAGUACCACAUCCAGCAGAACGAGGCGCUGGCCGCCAAGGCCGGGCUGCUGGGGCAGCCACGCUGACCCGGGCCGAGCCGGGCUAGCCACG